AUGGAUGCGGAAAACAGUAUUAUGGACGCUUCUUCUGAUGUUAAAUUUGCAUGUGGAGAUCCAAAAGUUGAGCCUCGUGUUGGAGACGAGUUUCAGGCCGAGAUUCCUCCUUUGAUGUCUGCAUCUAAACGUGCAUUGUUUCUUUCGACUCCUCUAGCUUUGGAUGAUUCCUCAUAUUCCUUUCUCGUUGGACAACCUGUCCAAGUAAUGUGGGUAGACAAGCAUCAAAAAGGUCAAGGAAAUGGAGAUGAUGAUAGUAUUGAUAUGAACCAGUCUUUGAAAUCCUUAAGAGCUAAAAGAAGUCGUUGCUCUGCCAAGACCAGAGGCGAGACUGACACCAAGAAGCAGAGAUUGAGUCCUGAGGCUGUUCCAGAGAUACCAUCCAGUUCGUGGGAAGAUCUUGAGGUUGCAAGCUUUGUUCUUGGUCUGUAUACAUUCGGGAAGAACUUUGCUCAGGUGAAGAAGUUCAUGGAGAGCAAAGGAACAGGAGAGAUAGUGUUGUUUUACUAUGGGAAGUUCUAUAACUCCGCUAGUUACCAUAGUUGGUCUGAUCCUCGCAAGAAGCGGAGACGGAGAUGUGCAUAUGGAAAGAAGCUCUAUUCAGGUUGGAGGCAACAGCUGUUGUUAUCCCGUUUGAUUCCUUCUAUAUCUGAUGAAUCUCAGAAACAGAUGCUUGUGAAUGUCUCAAAGUCAUUUGCUGAAGAGAAGAUCACUCUGGAGACAUACGUAAGCGCGGUGAAGGAUCUUGUGGGUCUCAGGCUUCUGGUAGACGCUGUGGGGAUUGGUAAAAGAAAAGAAGAUCUCACGAUUCUUACAGCAGGACCUGUGAAGACCAAACCAUGGUUCACGGUUUCUCCAAAAUCUUCUUCAGUCUCAGGCAUAGGAGCUUACACUUCACUCACAUCUGCUGACAUAAUAAAUCAGUUAACAGGCAGUUCACGUCUAAGCAAAGCUCGUUGCAAUGAUAUCUUCUGGGAAGCUGUGUGGCCGCGUUUGCUAGCGAGAGGAUGGAAUUCAGAGCAGCCUAAGGAACGAGGCUAUUUUACAUCUAAGGAUAACAUUGUUUUCCUUGUCCCUGGCGUGAAACAGUUUACAAGAGGGGAGCUUGUUAAAGGCGAUCAUUACUUUGAUUCCGUCAGUGACAUUCUAACAAAGGUUGCUAUGGAGCCGGAGCUUCUUGAGUUUGAAGCAGGAGGAGAGAUAAAGGAAGCAACGGCCAAUGAGUUUGUUGUUACAGAGAACUCUUCUGACCAAUCAGAUGAAGUGUCUUCACCAUCUGAUAAACAACGACAUCGUUACCUAAAGUCUCCAUGUUCUAACCGAGGAACUCUCCAAAUGAAGUUCACUGUUGUGGAUACUAGUUUGGUUGCAGGAGGGAAGUUGUGUGAUUCACGAAAUCUGAAUUCAGAACCUUUAGUUUGUUCUGAGCCAAAGACUCGUUUAGAAGAAGAUUUUAGUAUAAAGCAGGAGGAGGAGACUUUGGAGAAGGUUAAGGAUCCAUCAAAGAGGCUGAUCAAGCAUAGGUCUAACCAACGAGCAGAAAGUAAUGAUAGUUCA